AACAAGAUGAAGCCUCCAUGACUACGGAUGGCGUCAACAAUGGAGUGACAGCAGUGGGACCACAGCGCCCACCACCCAUCAGAGCCCAGCGUUUCCAAAAUGCAAGAGCUUUGCCAUUUCACCAAAGUAACCGGCCUUUCUGGAAAAACCCAGGCCCUCCUUUCUUCCGGCGGCAAUCGAGAUUCAGCUUUGGACAAAGGCAAAUGCAGCCAAAAGCAGAAGGAAAACCACCGAGGAUCAGAAGCAGGUGGCAAAUGCGAUCCAAUUCCGGUGCAGUCCUGACCGUGUCUGUGUCCAAUCCGCAAGCGAGUCAAGCAAAUGCGCCAGGAGGGAAACGUCCUUUCCGAAGAGAGAGAAGCACUGCCGCCAAGGUGGCCCUUCACCAGCCAAAAGGGGUUCCCUUGAGGUUCAACUUCCGUGCCAUGGCUAACCAGACCAGCUUGAUGUUAAACGAACGCUUCUCUGGACUGAGGGGCAAACGCCGCUUCCCCGCCACACGCAGCACAAGUCGGAUGGUCACGCUGCCCUAAGGUGGCCCCAUUUGUUGGGGAGACAGCCCUGUUCCAGCCUCCCGAUCGAGCUGUUUGUCUUCUUUGGUCUGGAGAGCAGAGUGGAAAGACUUCUCCAUCCUCGGAGCAGAAGGAUGGAGGCAAGGACUCCUUAGCCCUUUCUUUCAUGCAAUGGAUGGAAAGGACCCCCUACUUUGUGUCUAUGGAGUUCGAGUUAUGAAACUGAUUCAAGUCCAUGGACUCGGGCUGGUUUUGGACCCAAUUUCCAGCAAAAUUUGCAAAUGCGAUAAGAUAACAGCCCAAAUAUAGCACCUACCUUAUUUAUUGUGUCAGGAGUGAACCAAAACAGUUGUAUUGCAUUAAAAAAAAAAGACAAAG